AUGCAGACAUCGGAGGACCUAGUGUUUUCAAGAGCUUCAACCGUGCAGGACUCUGAGAUCUUCCGCCCUGAAUGGCUGGCUUUCGAACGAGAGCUUGGCUUCCGCCCACUCUUACUUGGCCCAACUUUGGAGGACAUUUUGAAGCAGAACGCAGAUAUGGGACUGGCUAUGGUUGAGAAAUACACAUUCCCGCCUGCGGAUCCUCAUGUAUCGACCAGCGAAGAAAGUUCUGAAUCUGGGGUACGUUUGAAGAUCUACUCGCCUCCCAAUGUCAGAGCAGGCCAGCCAAUUGUGUGCUACUUUCAUGGAGGAGGCUGCGUCCUUGGAAGUGUUGAUGAGGAUGACGGUCUCGUCAGCCGCCAUGCGAAAGACACUGGCUUAAUAUUCGUCUCCGUGGAGUAUCGGCUGGCGCCACAGCAUCCCUUUCCAGCGGGCUUCAAUGACUGCGUGGAGGCCGCGAACUGGUGCAUCACCAAUGCUGAACGGCUCGGGUCACAGCCUGGAAAUGUGCUUCUCAUGGGAGUAUCGGCGGGAGCUACUCUGGCAGUGGCCACUGGACUCAGGCUCAUCGACGACAAGAAGGCGGACCAACUUCAAGGGGUGGUGGCCUGUCAGCCAUUCACGAUUCAUCCUGAUGCCCUCCCAGACGAGUUCAAACACCGUUAUAGAAGCUACGACGAGCACUCUGAACACACUAUCGACACCAAAGCAGCAAUGCAGACAUUUCUUGGACUUCACAACGCGCCGAAGACCGAUCCGUACAUAUUCCCUGUUUGGAACCAGCGUUUAAAGGACCUGCCAUGCGUCUACCUUUGUGCCGCCGAGACAGACACUCUGCGGGACGAUGCCCGAGCGCUGAAGACACUACUCGAUAGAAACAGUGUGCCCAAUCGUUACGACGAGUAUGAGAAACUCCCUCAUUUCUUCUUUGCGUGGCCGUCAGCGCAUCUUGAUGCAGUGCGAGAGGAGUACUUUCAGAAGACUGCGUCUGGUAUCAAGUUCGUGGUAGAAUGCUCUGUGCUCUCGCCACUGCCGCUGAGCUAG